UUUCCGUAAGAUAAUUAUGAAUAUUGACGUUUUGAUGUAGCUGUUGCAUGUUUGGAUUUCUUACGAAACGUAAAUAAUAUUAUUAUUUGUGAAAUAGAUUCACAUAAACGUGUUUAAUAUAUAAUAAAUGAAUACACAAUGUUUGGAAAAUAUGGAACAGUGUUCCAGCUUUAAAAUUUGUUAAAUAAUUUAUCGCAGUUUCUAUCAAAAGUGAAUGAUUUUACACCACAGCCUUGUUUAUAAACGAUACAAGCAUGUCAACUUUAGAAGAUAAAAUUUUGGGGGAGAAGUUACACUAUUACUGUAGUAGCUCCAGUGAGGAUGAGGAAAAUGAUUCAAGAGAUUCUGACAAAGAUUCGGAUAAUGAAAGGUAUCCUCCAGUAAUUACAGAGUCUUGUAUAGAACCAUCGUUCUCAGAAUGGGAUGGAACCUCCAGUAAUACUGGACCAAAGGGUGUUAUAAAAGAUUGGCAACGAUAUAAACAACUCCAAGCAGAGAAAAGAGAAGAACAAGAGAAAGAACGGUUACAAUUAAUUAAAAAAUUAAGUUUAACAUGCUGUAGUUCUUUGGAUGAAGAAAAGGAAAAAAUUAUGCAGACUGAUCCAGAUCUUGCUGAAUUAUUAUCUGAUGAAUUUCUGUUAGACUAUCAGAGACAGAGAAUGAAAGAAAUGCUUGCAAGAUCUGAAAAGCUUCACUUUGGCAGAGUUAUUAAUUUAGAAACAGCAGACCAGUUUUUAGAUGCGAUCGAUAAUGAAGAUAAAUCUGUAACAAUUGUUGUUCAUAUUUAUGAAAAUAAUGUCCCUGGCUGUGAAGCUAUGAAUGGAUGUUUAAUAUCUCUUGCAGAAAAUUAUCCAUUUGUAAAAUUUUGUAAAAUUUUAGGUUCAGUAGCUGGACUUAGUAAACACUUUAAAAAAGAAGGAGUGCCAGCUUUAUUAAUCUAUAAAGCAGGUCAAGUAAUAGGAAAUUUUGUUCAUAUAACUGACUAUUUAGGAGUAGACUUUUAUGCAUCUGAUGUUGAAACUUUUUUAAUUGAACAUGGAAUGCUUACUGAUAAGAACUGUGUACCUGCCAUCAUUUCAUAUUCUCAACAUGAGAACACAUCGGAUAGCGAAUAGACAAAACAGAUAAAUUGUUCUUAAUCAUUUUAUUAAAAAACAUUUCCUUAUAUAUUUUAUAGAACAUUAAACCUUAUUACGUUGUAAACAUCUUUUUUUUCUUAUAGGAGUAAAUCUAUAUAAAGAUUGUAAAUAUUUAUAUUCAUUCAAAUAAAAAAAUAUAGAUCUAUAUACAAGUACUUAAAAAAUACAUUUAUGUAUUUUGCGAAUAAAUUUUAAAUAAUUUAAAGCUUUUCUAGUAUCUGUUUCUUUUUCUUGAUUGCUUUGCAAAAGUGUAAAUAAGUUUUUAGAAUUUCAUCAUAUUCUGUGUUUUGUAAAUUUUCAUAUUGUUGUUUUAAAUUUUCUUUUUCUUUAAUUUCAUUCAUUAUUGUAAACAAUUUUUCAUCCAAAGCUGCAUUUAGUGUUUUGUAAGCAUCAACUGUUGUCGGUGUUUCCUUAUACAUUUUCAUAAUACAAGAUAACUUUGUAAUCCUUGCUUGUACUUCAGCAACUUGAGCUUGUAGUAACAUGUAUUCUGCUUUUUCUAAAUAAAUCUGACUUGUAUCUUUGUACUUUA